AUGAAUUCAUCCAUCCUUGCCGGUGGUCUCAACCCCUUUUCCUACCAUUCGCAAGAAGAUACGAUGAUGAUGAUGAUGAUAAAGACUAGAAGCCCAGAAGGUUUAGUUCCUUCAUCAAAUCUUAAAGUCUCCUUUUUCAUCGUCGACAAACAUCCCUACAACAAUUCGAGUUUUACCAAAGAGGAAGGGUUUGAAAAUAAUAUAGAAGAGAUGGCACAGAUUCUAUUUGGUAUAAAGAAUCAACCAUCGGCCUCGAGUUCGCCAGUGGCCUCGGCCGAGCCCAUAAAGAUUGAUGCCGAUAUUGCUCAUUCAUCGAGUGAUUCGUUGAUUGACAGUCCACGAGGAGGAUCUCUUUCACCUACAAUCAAUCAGAUGGGUGGCAGUAGUGGUGGUGGAGGCCAUCAAAUCUCACCUACUCAUAGCAGUGGCAAUCCAUUUACCAAACUAUCCAACAAUAUAUUCUAUUCACAAUCCAACUCGUUUUCUUCGAUUCCCAUCCCAUCUCCACGCGCACAAUCACCAAGUUCCUUGGCAUCAUCGACCGAGUCAUUAUCGUGCGACUCUCUAGCCAACUCUUAUUCUCGUAUAUCUCUCUCGUCGUCCCCUUCACAAUCGGUUCCAUCGUCGCCACCACACUUUAAGUUUACCAAAGCCAACCAUUUCAAGCCUAUUGUCGGAUCACCGCUCUCGCUUUCUUCGGGAUCCAUACCCCAACCCAACAACCUAUCAUCAUCGGCACCAUCAUCGCCAUCACCCUUCACACCUCGUAGUGGCGGUCUGACCAAUUCCCCAGUCGUCCGUAAACCUGGCUACCCUACAUCUCCUUCUCCUACCCCACCUAUUCCAUCUUCAGUCAUGUCUGGUGGAAAUGCCUCGUCGCCGCGUGGAAGUUUGCAUACCUCUCCUGGCGGUGCUGGUGGCUCGUCGGGUGGUCCAACCUCGCCACUCAUACUCUCGUCUACGCCGCCACAUGCUAUUGGCAUUGCCCCAACACCCGUCAUCCCACCACUUCACUUUUUGCGUAGUGGCGCCGGCAGCGUGGAUCUACAAGACGAUCUCCGCAAGAGAACAUCGAUCGACAUGCUCAUCUCAACGUCCAUCGUCGAUGAAAGCGAUGCAUUGUCAUCACCAAGAAAACGACGUGGUCUCUCUGAUGCAGCCAACAACCGUCCAGUCCUCCCCCAAUCACCCAGACAACAAUACAGUCAAUCACCCAAACAAACCUCAUCACCUCUUUUACACAAUCUUCAACAACCCUUGUCCCCACAAUUAUUCCAUCACCAACCAAAUUCCCCACGACUCAAUCAUCAUCACCAUAUGGUAUCUCAACAUCAUCAUCAUCACCAUCAUCAUCAACAACAAAAUUAUACAGAAGAAUUGUUAAUUGAUGAUUAA